UUGGGCGCAUCUUCCUCUUCUGCUGUUUCAGUUUCUUUCUUUUUUUUUUUUUUUUUACAUAUACACGAGAGACAUAAGGAAUAUUUUGUCGUUUCAUGCGUUCUUUUACUGUGGGGGAGUGAUCCGGCGUGUGUAUGUGUUUGUUCCCGGUUGACCCUUGAACUCUUUUCUGCGAAUGUUCUAUCUAAUGGAGGACGGGCUUGUUUCGUCUGAUAAAUAUGUUUGGCUUUGCAGUUAUACCACCACGUAACCCCUCACUGUGCAUUCCAUCAUACGGAAGAUUGCUGUACACUACUGUGCCGGCGCAUCGUUUGUUUCUUUUUCUUUCCCUUUCGUCCUCUCUCUCUCUCUCUCUCUCUCUCUCUCUCUCUGCUGGUUUGUUUUGUCUACGCUGUUCUCACAGCUUUUCUUAUGUCUGCCCACUACUGUCCUUUAUCUGGGCUCUGUCAUGGUUUGGUAUCGGCGCAAAAAAAGAGCAGGAUCUGAUUUAUCGGUUGACGACUUGUUGAGUUUGCGUUCUGAAUGAUAUUAUGAGCGGUGUUAGGCC